AUGCAGCCCGUGCAGGUCUCGGUGGCGCUCUGCUGUGUCCUUGGCGCGCUGCUGCUGCGCCAGGCCACCGCCAGCCCCGUGAUGCUAUUUGUAAGAUUACUUAGGGCGUAUCAGGACGUGCUAGUGGUGCAUGGUAGGUGUGACGUGUGUGAUGGCCCGCAGCCCCUGCAGCCCGAGCAGCGGCCGCUGUCGCUGGUGUCGGAGCUGAGCUCGCGGCUGGGAGCGCACCCCGCGCGGCUGCAGGACGCGCGCCUGCCGCUGCCCUCCUCGCAGGACCUGGAGGCCAUCAAGAAGGUCGCGCAGAUUCUCGUCACUCUCGGACAGCAGGUGAUACCCGGUAUCAUAGGCGAGCCGGUGCCGGCGCCCGGGGGCUGCGAGCCGGCGGCCGGCGGCGGCGGGGACGACGUGCCCAACGACCCCGUCAAUCUCCAGCCGCUGUGUCACCGCGAGUGGAGAUUUGUGAUAAUGUUCGUCACCGUGAAGCACGUUACACAACUGCUCAAGCUGCACGAUGUGAGGCGGCAGGCUGUGUCCGACGACUCCGCUAAUUACUUUGUCUUUGAGCAUAAAGUUGCCACGUCACUGCGCCGGACGGUUUAA